ACCUCCAGCUCUUGGAUGACAAGAGUGCAACAAUUUGGCAGUCUUAUGAUCACCCAGUUAACACGCUGUUUGUUGGGCAAAAAUUGGUGGCAGGGCAGCAACUCACUAGUCUAGGAGGAUUGUUUUCGCUCCAUGUCACCAGGGUUGCCCACAAGAUAUUCUUAUGAUGAUUUGCAAGCAAUAACAGAAAAUUUCAAUAAGGAGCUCGGUGGGGGAGGAUUUGGCACAGUUUUCGAAGGAACUCUACCAGACGGCACAAAAGUUGCAGUAAAGCGUCUUGAUGGUUUCAGUCAAAUCAAGAAAUCAUUUUUGGCAGAGGUUGAGACAAUUGGCAGCAUCCAUCAUAUCAAUUUGGUGAGACUAAUUGGAUUUUGUGCUGAGAAAAAUCAUAGACUUCUUGUUUAUGAGUACAUGUCUAAUGGGUCUCUAGAUAGAUGGGUAUUUCACAAAAAUCCUAAGAUGUUGCUUGAUUGGCAGCAUAGAAAGAAGAUCAUCGUUGAAAUUGCAAGGGGACUAACUUAUUUGCAUGAGGGUUGCAGGCAGAAGAUAGUUCACUUGGAUAUAAAACCACAUAAUAUCCUCUUAGACGAGAAUUUUAAUGCAAAAGUCUCUGAUUUUGGGUUGUCUAAACUAGUUAACCAUGACCAAAGCCAAGUUGUGACAACCAUGAGAGGGACUCCUGGUUAUAUGGCUCCAGAAUGGUUGAGUUCAGUGAUUACAGAAAAAGUAGAUGUAUAUAGUUUUGGAGUAGUGCUCUUGGAGAUUUUGUGUGGAAGGAGAAAUUUGGAUCGCUCUCAGCCAGAGGAAGAAAUGCAUCUACUUGAUCUUUUCAGGAAAAAUAUUGAGGAGGAUCGAUUGUUCAAUUUGGUUGAUAAGUACAGUGAAGAUAUGCAAUUACAUGGAGCUGAAGUUGUGAAUAUGAUGAGGGUUGCAAUAUGGUGUUUGCAAAAUGAUUUCACAAGGAGACCUUCCAUGUCCAUAGUGGUUAAGGUCUUAGAGGGUGCUGUGAAUAUUGAAUCUGACCUAGAUUAUUUCUUCUCAAAUCCAUCUUUACCGAACAUGAGAGGUGGAGUUGAAAACCAAGAAGUGCAUAUUGUUGCUGCUACUCCAUUAUUGCCUUCAGUUCUAUCAGGACCACGGUGACUUUUCAUUGUACUAUCUUUAUUGCUUGAUUAAUGAGGUAAUUUUCAUAAUUUUAAUAAAUUCUAUCAUCCAAUAACUAAUAUUAGUAGUUUGAAUUUGAUGGGGGGUUUGAAUCUUGGUCAUUCUUGUGGCCAUUUAUUGGUACUACCAUGGCUCCUCUGUUAGUAAUAUACAUUUUUUUAUUAAUAUUGUUGUUGUCUCUA